AGAAGAGCCGCUGUUGUUUCCUGGCUGGGCUGUAACCGUGGAGACGGUUUACCUUUACCUGGGCAGGUGAACCCCUGGACGGCAGGUGAACCUGUAAAUGGGCAGGUGAACCCCUGGACGGCAGGUGAACCUUUACCUGGGCAGGUGAACCCCUGGACGGCAGGUGUAAUGGCGGCCCCGGAGCGGAGCCUGACAGAGCGCUGUCUCGCCGCCGUCAGGGAACAUUUCUCCCGCCUGGGCAGCGAGGCUGUUCUCGGUCUCCCAGUCCCCAUCAUCAAGGAUCUUCUUCCUCAUCUGACCAUCCUUCAGCUGGAUGAGGUCCAGCCGGCUCUGAACCUGCGAGGUAUUUCCACCCGCUGUGGGUGGGUUAAAGUCCUGCAGGACAUGAGUAUCCACAAGCACGCAGCAAGCUUCCAGACAGAAGAUGAGACCAAACAUGAAGUUAUGAAACUGCUUUUUACCUUCAUCUUCUACGGCUCCAGAAACCACUUCAUCUCCAGAAAUGUCACCGAUUCCAACGCUGCAUCUUUGCUGUUGGCGGCAGCGAAAACCAUCCGGCAUUUUGUACUCAUCGGACGCCACCACGCGGCCUUUCAGAGGUUAAUUUCUGAGCAGCUGCCUAUCCUGAACCUUCUGGAGAAGAAUGUGUGCAAAGUAAACGUGUCUCUGAACAAGAAACUAUCAAAGAACAGGACACCUUUGGUGCUGUGUCUCCUCCACCGCCUGCUGGACCACGGGGCCGUCAGCUCUCUGGUGUUGGACAUGCAGAGGCCGCUGCUGCUGGCCUGGCUCCUGCUGAGACGGGGCUGUCAGCACGGAGACCUGCAGGAGGACCGGCAGCAGCUCCUGGGCAGCAGGAGCAGCUCUCACAGCUCCAGGGGGUCCAGCUGGAGUCCAGAUGAUGUGCUCAUUCCAUGCAAACGCUCAAAGAUGGACUCUGGGUUGGAGGAGGAAGGGGAAUGGGAGGAAUCUGACUUUACUAUGGACCCCCAGGAUCUCUGCAGGACCUUUGGCCUCAGUCCUCCAUCGGGAGCUUGUUCUCGGGGACAGAUUAAGUCUCUGGAGCUGCGGAUGUGUGAUCCCGAGUCCUUCAGGGUCCUGACCUCAGCUCUGCCCACGUUCUUCUCCCUUCAGUCACUCACGCUUCACAGCACCGCUCUGUUCCAGGAGAAGGACGUGCUGACUUUGGCCUGGGCUCUGAAGCAUCUGUCUGCCAGCGGCCGCAGCCUCAUCACCCACCUGAACAUCAGUGUCCUGCCCAACGCCGGCCUCAUGGAGGUGCUGCUGGACGCCUGUCCCCGACUCACAUCCCUGCAGACGGAGGUCCACGCCAUCAUGUGGGGUCUCCCCAUCUCAUCCAACUCUCCCCCGACUGCUGACUCCAACGUCUCAGAGCUGCCUCUGGAGAAGCUGACGGUCCAGUUCAAGUUGCACACAAACCUGUACUUCCUGUUGUCUGUGCUGCGGCGGUCCCCGCGGCUGGGCCGGCUUCAUCUGUCUGGGAUCAGGCUGCCCACCGGCUCGGCCCUGAGCUCGCUCCUCAACACUCUGGCAGAGUGGAACCGGCGCCUGAAGACCCUCCACCUGGAGGACAUGAAGCUGUCGGACUGUCUUCCUGAGCUCCUGCACCUGCUGAAGGACUGUGAGCUGGAAGACCUCAGGUUGAGUGACUGUCGUCUCCUGGAGAGUUGUGUGGAUAAAGACGGAGGUCUGCAGCAGCUGGUGGAGGCUCUGAAGACGCUGCCUUCACUGCACACGCUCAGUCUGGCUCAGAACCGCAUCGCCAGGAGCGUCUGGGUUCUGGCAGAACUGUUCUCCGGGCCGGCACCCAGCUCCGUGAAGCGGCUGGACAUCAGCUCCAACUUCAUCCGGCCGCCGGAGCUGCUGCGGUUCGCUAAGAGGCUGGCAGGUCUGGCUGCCCCCCAGGGCCUGGUCCUGGACCUGAGGGAGAACCCGGCGGACCGGGACCCGGACACGUGGACGGCCGCGCUGCAGCGGCUGGAGCUGGUGGCCGCCCUGCUGGUGGAGGGCUGGAAGUCCACCGACACCAUGGUGGACCAUGUGAGCAACAUGUGAAGGUGGAGAAGCUCCACCAUUCUUUUACAGACUGGGUAUUUUAUCGGUUUUACUGCCAAACUUCUGUAAAAUCAACAUUCUUCUUCUGUUCAGCUGUUUAGUUUCUACAUUUUUGAAGUCAAACAGAGUUUAUGGUUUUUUUUAUCGACAAAGACCAGAACAAUAAAGAGUCUCCACACCAAUUUGAGGUCCCAGUCUUUUAUAAAAGCACAUCUAGAGUCAGAUGGGUAAUCUUGUACAGAGAAGUAUUAGGGCCAGGCAGGAGAAAACUAAAAAUAAUAUUUUAGAGGAGGAACAUUUUUUUUUUCAUUAUGCACUUUGAGGAAAAUGUCAAAAUGUCGAGAUUAAUGUUGAAGUACAAUUUCGAGGAAAAAUUCUAAAUGUUGAGAAAAAAGGCGAAAUUUCGACUUUAUUCUUGAAAUUGUAUUUCAACAUUAAUCUCGACAUUUUGAAUUUUUUCUCCACGUUUCGACUUUUUUUUCGAAGUGUACAAUAAAAAAACUCUUCCCCUCUCAAAUAUUUUCUCUCCUGCAUGGCCCUGAUACUCUUCCGUAAUCCUGUCCACAAGAACUCCCGAGAAUCUUCCUGAAUGCUGAUUGGUAGAUUUGUUGGGUCCAUCUGUGACAUCACACAAAUGACGGAUACCUUAGAAAGCCGUACUUUAAAUAACUACAGGACUGUCUCAGAAAAUUAGAAUAU